AUGUAUCAAAUAGAAGAGCAUCUUGCACCAUUAUCAGCCAUUGUUACAAACUCGUUCUUAGAUGAAUCCAUUUCCGACGAUGAUUCCGGCGUCGAAAUUACGUCUCUUAUCGAGGAAAAUGAAAAUGAUUUAAUCAAAUGGACUACAUAUUUACAACUUAAUUCGGACAGUGACGAAGAUAGCGAUGAGAAUUGUUCUUCGACUCAACCUGCAUCACUCGUUAAUUAUUCGUUGUCAGAAUCAUCCAGCGAGGAUGAAAACUUAUUACAAUCAUGA